AUGCAGAACCUGGCCCGGUCCCGGGCUCUGGCCAGCAUGUCCCCGAGGCGUCAGAUGUGGGGCCCAGAGCCCUGGGACACACAGAGCCCUUUGGAGCCCGGGGACAAGGCCAAGUUCUCCAUCCCAACCACCACAUGGCACUACGCAGGGCGAUAUCGCUGUCACUAUCUCACCUCUGCAGGGUGGUCAGAGCUCAGUGACCCCCUGGAGCUGGUAGUGACAGGGACCCUCCCCAAACCCACUGUUAGGGCAGAACCAGGCUCUGUGGUCACCUGGGGGAGGUCCGUGACCAUCCUGUGUAAAGGGAGCCUGGGGGCCCGGGAGUACCGGCUGGACAAAGAGGGAAGCCCAGAGCCCGGGAACAUAACGGCACCACAGGAGCCCGGGGACCGGGCCAGGUUCCGCAUCGUGCACAUGAAGGACACCCACGCGGGGCGGUAUCGCUGCUCCUAUCACACCCCCGCAGGCUGGUCGGAGCCCAGUGACUCCCUGGAGCUGGUGGUGACAGGAGCUCACGGCAAACCCGCCCUCUCGGCCCUGCCCAGCCCUGUGGUGACCUCGGGAGAGAACGUGACCCUCCGGUGUGGCUCAGAGCAGAAAUUCGACACAUUUGUUCUGUUUAAGGAAGGGAAACACGACCUCUCCUGGUACCUAGCUUCCUACGAGCACGCCUCCGGGCAGGUCCAGGCCCUGCUCCCGGUGGGCCCCAUGACCCCCAGCCGCAGGUGGACGUUCAGGUGCUAUGGCUUUUUCAAGAGCAGCCCCCAGGUGUGGUCAGAGCCCAGUGAGACCCUGGAGCUCCUGGUCUCAGGACCCUCUGGGAGCCCCAGCCGCCCCCCACACACAAGCGGACCCACCUCAACACCUGGAGACCCUGAAGAUGGGCCUCCGCCCACACGCGGGAUCCUGAGCUCCCCGGACCAGGGCGCAGCUGCCACCAUCAGCCCGUCACCUCCCAAGUCAGACUCCGAGACCGACCCCGGCUCCGACUACAGACGUUCCUCCUUCAUCCAGGCACGGGGAAGGUCGGCACCGACUCUCAGUGCCAUGCUGAGCCCUGCUGGGCAGCUCAGCCUGCAGGCAGAUGUCACUCGCGCCCUGGGCCCUCAGCCGUCCGAGCAGUGUGACCUGCACCCUGAGCUCCCCAGACUGGCUGAAGCUGGUCGUGCUGAGGACCAGAGCCUGGGGUCCGAGGGGGUCCCAGCCCUGAGGAAACCAGAGCCAGGCCCCUGGGAGGGCCAGUUCCCCUUCCUGGGGCUCAUGAUGUGACAGCCCCAUGACGUGGAGGGCCCAGCCUCCGAGUGCCCACACCCUGCGCGUCUGUCUGUCCUGCCUGCACCCAGGUCUCCUCCAUCUGCACAGCCGGGACGUGGGGGAGACGCCAUGACCCCCACCCUCAUGGCCCUACUCUGCCUUGGGCUGGGUCUGGGCCUCACCCGAGGGCAGGCAGGGACCCUCCCCAAAGCCACCAUCUGGGCUGAGCCAGGCUCUGUGGUCACCCUGGGGAGACCCGUGACCAUCUGGUGUCAGGGGAGCCUGGAGGCCCAGGAGUACCGUUUGGAUAAAGAGGGAAUCUCAGAGCCCUGGGACACACAGAAACCUCUGGAGCCCAGGGGACAGAGAACUCUGGAGCCCAGGGACAAGGACAAGUUCCACAUCCCAUCGAUGACACUGGACUACGCAGGGCGAUAUGAGUGUUACUAUUAUGCCGGUUCUGGCUGGUCAGAGCACAGUGACCCCCUGGAGCUGGUGGUGACAGGAGUCUACAGCCAACCAGACCUCUCAGCCCUGCCCAGCCCUGUGGUGACCUCAGGAGGGAACGUGACCCUCCGGUGUGGCUCAGGGCUGGGGUUCGGCACCUUCACUCUGAUUCAGGAAGGAGAACGCAGGCUCUCCUGGACCCUGCACUCACAUGGACCCGCCUCCGGGCUGUUCCAGGCCCUGUUCCCCGUGGGCCCCGUGACCCCAGGCCGCAGGUGGACGUUCAGGUGCUACGGCUCCUUCAGGAACAGCCCCCAGGUGUGGUCAGAGCCCAGCGAGCCCCUGGAGCUCCUGGUCCCAGGUGUGUCCAAGGAGCCCUCCCUCCUGGCCCUGCAGGGCCCUGUCCUGGCCCCUGACUGGAAAGUAAGGGAAGGUCCCAGCUGUGGGGCUGGACUCACAGGGUCAGGUCCUGCCAGGGAAGAGACGGUGACCCAGGGGGACAUCCUGGACCGGAGUGGUUGGCCCUGCCCUGACCUCUGUGCCCCUGUCCUCACAGUCCCAGUCCCACACCCCCAGGAUCGCACCGUGGAGAACCUCCUCCGGAUGGGCGCAGCCGGCUUCAUCUUGGUGGUUCUCGGGGUGCUGCUGUUGGAGAACUGGUACAGCCAGAGAGAGCCCAGAGACCCCGCCAGGACAUAACAGGAGAGAGCCGUCCCCCCUCAGCGUGCAGGACCUCGGACAUCCCCGACCACCCAGGAGCUUCUGGAAGAAAGCCCAGGGCAGGUGCUCUCUGGACGGUCACUUCCAGAGGAGAAACCAUGUCCCCGUGCAGGGCCACUGCGGGGUGUUUCCGUAGAGGACUGUUAACUGGACACGUCCCUCCUUUCACUGUUGACUCUCCCGGGCUGGGCCCUGGCUUCCUCCCCUGGACACGAGGCUCGUCCCACAGGCAGGUUCGGGUCACCUUUGCACGCCGUCAUGCUCUGGCCACUGUCCUGUGAGGUGGCAUCUCUGUGUCUAAUCACCACAUCCCUCGUGGACUUCCCUGAGUCUCCACAUUUCAGCUCAGAGCUCCCAGCCCGGCUCUGUGGCUCAGUACCUGGGAGAAAAUUAGAUACCACUCGGGAAAAGAUAUCCAAAAGGUGCCCUAAUCCCCUGCCUGAGACCCACACGACAUUCACUGUUUACCAGGUGUUUUCUAUGUAGUUUAUCCUGAAAUCUUAUCCUAUGGAAUCCCAUUGCUGUUUAAAGUGACA